CGACCCGUCCGCUGCACCCACAAUUCCCCGCGCCGGGACAAGAUGGAAGAAAGCAGCGGCCGCCGGAGAACAAUGUUUUGGCAAUAAAACCCCGAAGCGGCGACCACGGAGACGACGCGGCCACGUUUGAACCCUACUGCGGUCAUGUGUAGGAAAUUCUCCUCCUGCAUUCCUCUUUAGACACAUUGCCCUCCUUCUCCCCUGCACAAAGCAAAAGCACGAUCAUGAGUAUUAUCCAAGACAAAUUAGCCAAUGAGUUUUUGCGGAACGGUGGCAUGGACCCAAAUUUUUCACCAGGUAUGCUUAUGUUCAGCCACCUGCCACCUGUCACCAGCUUUACACGGCUGGCUUCCCAGUCCGUCAUGGGCGAGCUUUCCCAGGAGAUGAUCAUGAAAAAAGAACGGGACUCGCCGCCGGAACACCAGGGCGCCAAUGCUGUUAACACCGGGGGCUUCCUCCACAGCAUGGGCAUAAAGCAGGAGCGGCUAAAUGAGCUGGAUUACCGCAUGCCCCUCUAUGGCGGGGGUGGAGGAGUGGGGAUGAACUGUGUUGGAGGAGGCGCGGGGAAGAGUAGCAACGACAUGCAGGACAUGUCUUUCGGCAACCACCACCAAAAUCACCAGAACAUGAUCCUGCAUGACCUCAAUCUCAGCAACGUCCGUAGCCUGGCUGAACCGAUUCCUGGAAGACCGGGUAAAGAGCCAAAAGAGUCCUCAGGUAGAAGAGGGCGGAGGAACAAUGGGGACGGGCAAGGAGGCAAAGCCCGAAGGAAACGUAACGAUGCUUCGAAGGCCAUGAUGUUGGAUCCAGAUGGAGCCUGCCUGUCCCCCAACUCAAAACCACAUAUCUGCGAGCACUGUAAUGCUGCCUUCCGCAGCUCCUACCACUUGCGCAGACAUGUGCUCAUACAUACAGGUGAGAGGCCUUUCCGGUGCAGCCAGUGUAACAUGAGCUUCAUUCAGAAGUACCUCCUCCAGCGGCAUGAGAAGAUCCACAGUGGAGAGAAGCCUUUCAGCUGUGACCAGUGUAACAUGCGCUUUAUCCAGAAGUACCAUAUGGAGCGGCACAAAAGGACGCACAGUGGCGAGAAGCCAUAUCGCUGCGAAACCUGCCAACAAUUUUUCUCUAGAACAGAUCGGUUACUGAAGCACAAACGAACUUGUGGAGAAGCCAUAAAGAAGGGCCUGGACCCAAGCAUGCUGGAGCUCAGCGAAGCGGAGCUAGGCCACGGCAGCUAUUCACUCACUCAGGGAAACUCUACCACCUCCGGACGCAAGAGGGCAAAGUCCAAAAAUGGAGAGGGCGGUGAGCGCAAGAGGAAGAAGAAUGCUUCAGCGGCAGCAGCCUCAUCCUCGGGGGGGAUGGCCCGAGACAUGGGCCUUCAGGACUUCGGCAUGGAGCACCCCUCAGGUUCUGGCCCCGCCAUGCAGGGCCGCACUCCCAAACUGGUCUUUAAAAAAGCUGGCCGCAAAGGCCUUGACAAGGGCCUCCUCUCUCUAGAUGACAGUACUGAUGGACAAAAACUGUUGGGCCAGAAACAUGACUCCAUGGAUCAUUUGGAGGAUUCUGGCCUUGACAAUAUGGGUCUACUGCAGGGAAACAAGCAGGGGCCCACCACCAGCAACAACUACGAUGAUGCAAUGCAGUUUGUGAAAAAGCGACGCUACCUCCAUGCAGUUAACAUUGACUAUGGAGCCAGCUCUCUUCACAUGGUAAACCAAGGCAAUAGUGUAGUCCAGGGUUCCCUGGGGCAUGAGCCCACGCUGGCCAUGCUGGACUCGUCGCCUUUGGACCUCAAGCACGAUAAGUCGGGCAUUCCAGAUGAGGUACUACAAAGCCUGCUAGACCAUUAUAGCCAUAAGCCAGAGGAGGGACACCACCAUGACGUGACUUUCGACUUGUCAGACCAUCCACACCAUGUUGACCUCCAACCAGCAGCCCCUGUUACCCCCGAGCUGGACGAUGACUCGCCUAAUGGGGGUGAUAAAACGGCAGUGAUGAGCGAGUACUCGAAAUUUCUCCUGCAAGCCCUGGAGCGCACCAGUCAUAGUGGGCCCUUCCCCAGUCUUGGCCCAACAGGGCCUUUCCCUCUCCUGUCCAGCAGCUCCAGUCCCACAGGGCCCUUGUUCUCUGACAAACACGUCUACUCCACAUCCCCACUGGAUUGUGUCUACCCGCCUUCUGUCUCUUCCCCAGUCCCCGUCAUUGCCCCGUCAUCCGUCUCUUCCUCGUCCUCCUCCAAGUCCCACUAUGGCAUGCUCGUCAGCUCGCCCUCCCAGGCAGGUUACCACCUCGGUUUGGAACCUACCAGCCACCAGCAGCUGACCCCAUCUCAGGAGCUGACCGAGCAGUUGGAGAAGCAGCACUCUCCCGGCAACUUCAACCUACCUCCCCAGGACCUGACUGCCACAGACGGUUCCAAGGGGCAGCAAUCCAAGGCUGGAGGAAACGUUGCACCAACCAACGGCUCCAGCUACCCAGACCUGUCCUCUCUGAACCCCCCUAAAGAAUCCAUGUACCAGAUUGAGAACUUUGCCCAGGCCUUUGGUUCCCAGUUCAAGUCAGGGCGGCGGACCCCUCUGGGCUAUGGCAGUGAUCCUGGGGCAGAAGUCGAUCAUCAAAUACGGACUCCAGUGUCAGAAUUCUCAGGGUAUACCAGUUUGUUAGCUGACGUCAGUGAGCCAGUGAGUACAGGAUCAAAAACCCAGACAAGCCAAAGUUUCAGAUAAGGGUCAAACAAGGUGAAUCCAGUUGGGGGCCGUUCUGUUACUGUCCAUACGGCCCCUAUACCCUUCCUAAUUUUGUUCUUGUAGCAAAGUUUUGUUUUUUAAACACUGCCAUUAAAUGUUAAUACAAAAUGACCAGGGAGGGUCUUCCAUGGCCUCAAAUGCAAUUUUUUUAAAAUAUGCUCAUUUUUAUUAUGUAUUUAGUCGCUUAAUUUCUGAGUAGUGUUUUUUGACAUGAACGUACCGUAGAUUUAAAUGUAAUUUAAAACAUUUAGAGGGUAGCUAUGACAUUGCUUGAUUUGUUAUUUUUCUUUCUUCUUCUUUCCUGAACCCUUGUGUUUUACCAAUCAUCAAACCAUUCAUUGUAAAGUAAUAAUGAAUAAUGUUGAUACGUUCAAUAAUAAUAAUUGUGGCAGGGAAAGGCCCAGAACUCAAAUGGCAAAAAAGUAUAUAUUGUCUGUUACAAGAAACCUUUUAACUCAGGAAAAUAGGCAAAAUUGUGUAAUAAGACUUUGUAUUAUGAGAUGCAAUUAGCACAGUUUUUACAGGUGUACUUUGAGACUACAAAGCUUUGAUUUUGUUUUCGCGUUUUUUAUUUUUUUAAACUCAUCAGAACAACAAAUUACAAGACCCGAUCAUGUUUGGUUUCUACUGCGCGCAGCUUUGUGGAGAUUAUGGUACUGUUGUGUCAAUGUGAAGACAUCCGAGGUAAUACAAAUUGAUGUUGAUGCACACAACCGACCGUGGUUUCCUUGGCACGCGCCGUCGUCAGGUGACGAAGUCUGUCUGACCAUGCACUCCUCUAGUCGUGCCCACCAGCGACCACUAGAAAAGACAGCAGACACACAAAAACAAAAAAACACUCAUCGCCGUCAGGGCUGCCUCAGAAUGCAAUGAACGCCGAUCAGUGAUCUUUUAUCAUGCUGUUGCUGAAGUGACUUUUUUAUUUUUUAUUUGUCUUAAAAAAAAAUAAGAGUCACCAUUUUUCUGCUCCACUCCUUGCUGUUCCUUUUUUUUUUGUCAAUGAAAUCAAACAAGCACUUUUAAAAACAAACAAAUCAUCAUCGGAAACAACAACAACCCAUUCAAUUGGCAUAUGUGAUACGCGACUGUUAUGCUAAUGAUUUAAUAUUAUUUUAAGAGGAGAAAACUGUGAAU